AUGCAAGAUCAAAGUCACAAUCACCUGCAUGGGAAAUACUUUGAUCAUCUCUAUCUCUUCUCUGUGCAUGUUUUCGACCGCAUAAGUUUACGCUGUGCGUGGCCAGUUUUCAUUCCUGUUUCCGUGCUGGGAGGGCAUUCUCCACUCUGUGGCUCUUGUGCAUUGGAACCCAUGGCAUAA